AUGUUUUCUAAACUCGCGGCCCUUCUCGUCCUGGUACCCUUCAUCGUUUUUGCCGCCCCAGUUGAAGAACGGGCGGCCGCCAUCGACACUGGCACUCACUGUGGUCAAUGGGAUACGAUAACCGUCACACCCUACACGCUUUACCUCGAUCAAUGGGGUUUAUCUAACGCAUCAUCUGGCUCAGAUUGUGCGACUCUGGUCUCAUUGAGUGGCACUACUCUUUCUUGGAAGACAACUUGGAACUGGGUUGGUGGUAAUGGCGUGAAGAGUUACACAAACAUCAAUCUUAACAAUGGCAUCAACAAGAAAUUGUCUGCCAUCAGCAGUAUCCCUUCCACCUGGAACUGGUCGCAAUCAUCCUCGGGCAGCAUUGUCGCCAAUGUUGCCUACGAUCUCUUCACUUCCAACACUUCUGGAGGCUCUGCGGUCAAUGAGAUCAUGAUCUGGCUGGCCAAUUUCAAUGCUGGACCGAUUUCCGCUACUUACAACAGCGCUGGACAGCCCGUGCCUGUCGUCAGCAAUCUCUCGCUUGCCGGUCGCACUUGGAACCUUUACCAGGGCAGCAAUGGGGCAAAUAACGUUUUCUCCUUCUUGCCUACCAGCGGAACAGUUACGUCCUUUAACGGUGACAUCAACGUCUUCCUGAAGUACCUCACCGCCAAUCGUGGUGUAUCUACUUCCCAGUUCUUGACCACUCUUCAAGCGGGAACCGAAGCAACCUCCGGCUCCGCGACCCUAACCACGCACGUCCAUUCAUUCACCCGCACCACUUCCGCCAGCCUUAUAAUCUUCAAAUCAAAGAAACGGAUGUCCAAAGAAUCCGAAGCGAAGCCUGCCGCCAGUGCCCCUGCGACUGGUGAAGAGCCGACUUUCUCCAUCCAACCCCACCCUGCUAAGACCAACGACCCGGCCGAUCUUGCCCCCGAGCAAACCGGUGGCCUGGCUAGUAACCCGAACGACGCAGUUUUCCACGCUCGUGAUCCACAUGUCCCCAGCGCCCAAGUCAUGGCUGGUCUUGAGCAGCCUCUGAGUCGUGAGGAACUCCACAAGCGCCAGGAAGAGCUGAAUAAGAGCUCUUGA